UUUUGCUUUUAACCGCUAGAGGUCAACUCCAACCAAUCUGACAUUUGUUAACGUCAAAUUUUGUGUUCGAAUCGAGUCUCGUUUUUCUGAUAUCGAAACUACGACAGCUCGGCCAUCUUUCUUUUUCGUAAAUCCUCACACAAGUGACAAGUAAAGCAACAUGCAACUGUUCGUACGUGGUUUGGAGAAUAUUGAGGCUCUUGAAGUCCAACAAGAUGCCAACAUUGCCGCAGUUAAGGCUCAAAUUGCCCAAUUGCACGGCUACAAUACUGAGGAAUUCAAUUUGAAUUGUGAAGGUACUCUCUUGAACGAUGACACCAGCGUAUCUGCUCUUACCUCAUAUGAGUUGGAUAUCACCAUUCCAAUGUUGGGUGGUAAAGUUCACGGUUCUCUUGCUCGUGCCGGUAAAGUAAAGGGCCAAACACCAAAAGUUGAAAAGCAAGAAAAGAAAAAGAAGAAGACUGGCCGUGCUAAGCGAAGAAUCCAAUACAACCGUCGUUUCGUUAAUUUCGUGCAAGGUUUCGGUCGUCGUCGUGGUCCCAACGCUAAUGCUUCUUAAAUAUUUUUGUAUUUAAAUUUCCAGAUGUUUGAAACAUAUUGAAAAUAAAAUAAGGAUUUUCCACAUUACAAAUUAA